AUGUCAUGGCGCUGCACAUCCUCUUUGAGAUUGCGCCAUGCAAUUCGCCCGCCCUUCCUUUCAUAUGAACGUCUGGGAGGGAGUUUCUGUUCCUACAACCCGACACGCUACAGCUCAAACACUCCUGUCAAACGAGAAAUAGUAGAACGGGAUUGCUACGACCAAUUGCCAGAGGGUGUGGAAAAAAAUAUCGAUGAUGUUAGAGCUGUAGCUGCAAGGUCGGAUCUUGCGCAACUUGUAUCGUCGAAAGCAGCUUUAAGACAGAUUGCUAAUGGACAAGAGGCUAAACGGCGAGAAAUUGCAAGGUCGAAAGAAGAUACCACAGAAGGCCAUAGCAGUGAGGGCCCGCCGGACGAAUUAACAAGUCGAAGCUGGGCGCUAGGUGACGAAGUUCAAGUCACCGGGCUCGUUCAGAGUAUACGCAGGCACAAGAAGAUUGCUUUCGCCAACAUCUCUGAUGGCAAGACUUAUCAGACGCUACAGAUCGUUCUGCUUCCCAAAUUCGCGGACAAGUUGCACAAUGGUGCAUAUGUUGAGUUGAAAGGAAUGUGGCAGGAGUCGAAGGGCUCGGGCCACACCCACGAGCUAUUGGUAAAAGAGUUGAUAUUCGUAGGCAGUUCUGACCUCGAAGCCUCUCCAAUACAGAAGAAGAACAUGACUGUCGAUCAUCUAAGAACUUUUCCACAUCUACGACUGCGUAUACCUUCUUACUCUCUAGUGAAUAGGGUCAGAAGUCAUGUUACUUCGGCUGUGCAUAAUUACUACAGCGUUCGUGGGGCCUGCUACGUACAGCCACCGUUGAUUACCUCUAGCGAUUGCGAAGGUGCUGGCGAAACUUUCACAAUAACACCCAGGCUUAAUCCUGCAGCUGACGCUGCUGGCAUGCAAUCGAAACCAUCUCACUAUUUUAGAUCGCCAAAGUAUAUGACAGUGUCGUCGCAACUACAUCUCGAAGCCUUCGCGGCUGAGCUGGGAGACGUAUGGACUCUAUCACCCACAUUCCGUGCCGAGCAGUCUGAUACGUCUCGACAUCUGAGCGAGUUCUGGAUGUUGGAGGCCGAGUUUCGACAAGUCACCGAAGUCGCAAAACUCACAGAAAUGGUCGCUGAUCUCAUGCAAAAGAUCAUCUUUUCCAUCUGGCCGAGCCCUGUGUGCAACGAACUCCGACAGUACUGGUCUGAGGACCACAAUAUCCAGGACAAAGGUCGAGUAGAUCUUGAUGCACGCUGGAAUGCACUGGCAUCGACCGAUGCAUGGAAGACUGUGACGUAUAGCGAAGCCAUGGGCAAGCUAAAAGACGCAGCGCAAUCCGACUCGAAGUUCUUUGAAUACAAGCCUGAAUGGAACCAAGGUCUACAGCUCGAACACGAACGAUGGAUCGUGGAAAACAUUGGCAAGAAUUAUCCUGUCUUCGUGACAAACUAUCCAAAGAAGCAGAAACCUUUCUACAUGUUGUCCAACGAGGACAAAUCAGAAAGCGAACCCCAGCAUGAGACAGUGGCGUGCUUUGACCUUCUCCUACCUUACGGUGCUGCCGAAGUCGUUGGCGGAUCACUCAGAGAGCACAGACUAGAGCCACUAAUUGCCAAUAUGAGAGAGAAGGGCCUGCUUCGACGACCAGCAGGAACCGACCAGAACCCGACUACAGAGGACUACCCAUUCCUGCAGCCGGGAGAAUCCUUGAAUACAUUAAAGUGGUACGCCGACCUUCGCAGAUUCGGUUCCUCUCCACAUGGUGGGUUUGGCAUUGGCUUCGACCGCUUACUGAUGUAUCUUACUGGUAUCAACAAUGUGAGGGAUAUUGUGCCGUUUCCGAGGACUUUUGGCGUAGCGCAUUGUUAG